AUUUCAAUAGAGUUGUUCCCAUCUCUUCUUGUUGAAAGCUAGUUCCCUUUGUUUCUUCUUUCUUCCCACACAUAUUCUCUCCUAUUCUUACACCAACCACAUAAACAAAUAAACCAAGCUUGAAACUUGUUGUGGUCAAGAUGCAGAAGAACUCACUGAUAAUGUUUUUGUUUAUUCUUCUGCAAUCUCUGUUCGUAAACUCUCUGUCUCCAAAACAUUCAUCACCCAAACCAAAACCAGAAGCAGAAAUCACUAUCAUGGGUUUUGUUUACUGCGAUGUCUGCUCCAACAACAGUUUCUCCAAACACAGUUACUUCAUGUCAGGUGUGGAAGUGAGAAUUGUCUGCAGAUUCAAAGCAGCUUCGUCAACAACGAGUGAAACUGUAACAUUCUCUGCAAACAGAACCACCAACGAGUACGGACUGUACAAAGUAGCCAUAACUUCUCUAGAUUGUGCCAACGUGGACAAUCUCGCAAGUUCUUGUCAAGCGAGUUUGGUCGGAAGGAAAAACUUCUCGGAUUCUUCUUGCAACAUUCCUGGUUAUAGAACCACAACGGAUCAGGUCUUGUUUAAGUCUCAACGUUCUAAUUCUUGUGUUUAUGGAUUCAAUUCUUUGAAUUUCAGACCAUUCAAGAGGAAUCUUGACUUGUGUGGCAAGAAAUAGACUCUGUUUUAAAACUACACUACCAUAUCUUUCACUGUUAUCACUUCUGUUUGCUUCUACUCAGAGAUAUGUCUUCGUAUGUUGUCGACUUUGGUUAUUACACAAGAUUUUUGUUUCUGUG